AUGGCGCCAUACGGUAGGCAGAAAUUUCGAAGUGACAAUUCAAACCUAGGUUACGGUGCAAAUCUCCGCGGCGAUGAGAGCUAUGAGUCUUUAAUGGGAAACGUCAAACGAAGGUACUUGUUGGAGGGAACAACUUCGGUAGCAUUGACCUAUUCACUGUUGGUAGGACUACAUAUUUGUAUGAAACAUCAGCAGCGGAGGAGAGUGUCCAUGCCAGUGCUCAGUACCACGGUGCUUGCUCAAGUGGGGCCAGUGAUGGUAGCUACCGAGCGUACAUCCGAGAAUCUGGUCAUUGACCUAGACGGUGAUGAUGCUAUGGAUGUGGUUAUAAAUGGAGGCAAUGGAAUCACCGAACAAGCCAAUGAGCAACAGAUAACGGGAUCAAAUGGUAUACAACUCACUCAAGUUGCCAACACCCAGAGAGACCAACAGUUUGGAGAUGUUGUUAUGAACAUUCUUAACACAUACAUGCAACAAAUGGAAGCAACACUUAUGGAGGCGUAA